AUGUGUACGCUCGAACCUCUUCCGCAUCUUGCUUGUUUGAAGCACGUCGGGUUAUCAACAUUUGAAAUAGUUGCAUUUAUGUCUCGAAAAGGAGUUGGUCUUGCGGCCUUCGAUAGGUCUCGAAUAAAAUCUGCCCAAUAUGCAUCUCAUGGAAACAACCUCAGAAGCUCCCACUCUACCUCCGUAGCAACUCAACUAUCAGUCUUUCGUUCGCUCCUACAGCAGUUCGCCCAAACGCAUGCAAAGGAUAUUCGAUCCAACCCAAGCUUCCGAGCAGAGUUUGCACGCAUGUGUGCAGCUAUCGGCGUAGACCCUCUAGCAAGUAGCAGCGGGGCCGGAGGCAAAGAUGGAGGUGGGAGUUUCUGGGCUCAAUUGCUUGGAGGAAGUGUCAACGACUUCUAUUUUGAGCUGGCUGUAAGAGUCGUGGAAGUCUGUGAUGCUACGAGAGAGGAGAAUGGAGGACUGAUUGGAGUCAAGGAAGUUAGAGAUAGGAUCACGGUCACGAGGAUGGAAGGAUCCUCUGAAAUCACCGAAGACGACAUCCUCCGUGCAGUGAACACUCUGAAACCGCUGGGGUCUUCUUAUUCCACCCUCACGGUUGGCCAUAAAGUGUACAUUCGCUCCAUUCCAAAGGAACUAAACACCGACCAGAGCGCCGUACUCGAGACUGCCCAGUUACUGGGGUAUGUAACCGUCUCCAUGCUCAUGUUGAAUCUAAGAUGGCCGCGUGCAAGAGCUAAGACGGCUAUUGAUGAUCUUAUGUCAGAAAGUAUGCUUUGGGUUGAUAAGCAAAGUGACGAGUGGGAGUAUUGGAGUCCAGGGUUCAUGCUCGAGGUGCAGGAAGAUGGGAAUGCUGUGUGA